AGCGAAAACACGGACGCGAAAUCAACGACUUAAAAUCCACUUUCUAUCUCCCUCUCGCGUCCGAUCUCCUCUCUCUCUCUCUCUCUCCUCUCUACAACAAAGUCAACUCUUCCAUCUGUCGGAAAAUUGCAUGUCCUAACUGCGACAAAGAGAUGACUAUGACGACGACAACAGAGGAGAAACCAUCUUCCGAUGGCCGAGGAGGUUGGGGUUUCUUCAAGAUCCCGUUUCGAAACUCUAGCGGCCGCGGAAACGCAGCAUCAAGUGCCGCCGCCACGUCUUCUUCUGCUUCUUCUACUACAUCUUCUCAUCUCCAUAACCACCAUCAUCACCACCACCACCACCACCAUCAUCAUCAGCUUGGCUAUAACGGGCCCCAUGGUGAUGGAUCGGGUCAAAAUCAACACCCGACUCCUUCUCCUUCGGUAUCAUCGGUAGCUAAGUCGUUUCUGCCUACGAAACGUAGAUUGAAGCUUGAUCCGUCGGAGAAACUCUAUUUUCCUUAUGAGCCUGGAAAGCAAGUGAGGAGCGCUAUUAAGAUUAAAAAUACCAGCAAAUCACAUGUAGCCUUUAAGUUUCAAACAACUGCACCGAAGAGUUGCUUUAUGCGUCCACCGGGUGCUAUUCUUGCUCCUGGAGAGACUAUUAUCGCCACCGUGUUCAAAUUUGUUGAGCCUCCUGAGAAUAAUGAGAAGCCAAUGGAUCAAAGGAGCAGAGUUAAGUUUAAAAUCAUGAGCUUGAAGGUGAAAGGUCCGAUGGACUAUGUUCCUGAGCUGUUUGAUGAGCAAAAGGAUGAUGUGUCUAAGGAGCAAAUAUUGCGAGUUAUCUUUCUGGACCCAGAACGCCCCAACCCUGCACUGGAGAAACUGAAGCGCCAGUUAGCAGAAGCGGAUGCAGCAGUGGAGGCAAGAAAGAAACCACCAGAGGAAACAGGUCCAAAGAUGAUUGGAGAAGGACUUGUCAUCGAUGAAUGGAAGGAGCGCCGAGAGAGAUAUCUUGCACAGCAACAAGGCGAAGGAGUUGACUCUGUCUAAGAACUAAGAAGAUCCUUCUCAGGACACAAAAAAGAAAACAAGUGCGUGCUUGUGAAGAAAGAAGAAGAAGAGGCCAAGAUAUUAAAUUUUCUCUACUAACUUCCUCAUUCAUAAUGCAAUCUUAAGGAUCAUGUUGGUAAAGAAAAAACAAAGAACGAAACUUUUUUCAUGUAAAAAAAAAAAGAAAACUUGGGAUGGGGGUGGGGGUUUGUUAAUGAAUUGUUCAUGGUAAGACUUAAAACUUAAUAAAAUGUGACAAUGGAUGCUGAA